AUGUCAAAGAAGAGAAGGCUAUGUGUAUGGCCUCAACAAUUCUCCCCACAAGCAAGCAGUUCUGAUGAAACCCACAUAGAGCCCACAUCAUUCAGACCAUUUGUGAGGGAGGCAAAUGGAUUCAUUCCCAGUUAUACUGCAGCGCCUUCCAUGGAAGAGAUAAUUUCAUGUCUUCGUGGAAUUAGCUGUCCUUGUUUUCACGAGGGAGAUAUUGGCAACAUCAGCCCGAACUGGAAAAUCAGGAAGAAGGGAAAGGAUGAGGCAUCAACUUGA